CCCCAGUCUGGCGCCGUUCGGCUCGAGCCCUCAUACACAUAUGCACCACCCACCAUGUCUACUAACUCGAACCCGUCCUCCGCCUCAUUCCCAUCCUUCGAUGCCUCGAUUGCCUCCUUUUCACCGACACAGUUCCUCGAAUUCAUGAACAACCUCGUUGCCCACAACCUCGACACACCCUCGAAAACCCUUGAAUCAAACAGCCUCCUAUGGGUGACCGUCGUCUCAGGUCUUUCUGAGCAGUUCCUUGCAUGUUUUCCCGCCCCAGAUAAAACGCGCUGGCGCUGGCGUGCAAUGCAAGAGAAGGUGCUGCUGGCGCAGGCAGCGUUGAAGAUCGUGCGGUUCAUCGCUCAGCGCAUCCAGAUAAUCUUCUAUGGCACUGAUGGAGAGGUGCUCUCGACGAAGCUCUUUCUACGGCUGUUCAACUUCUGUCAUGUCAUGGACGGAUGGCGCGACGUGUCGGAGGACCAGGGGAUGGAUAUUGGGGAUCUGCCGACGCCUCAGGCUCUGGCCGAUGAAGCCUUGGAGACAACAGUGAAGCUGCUGAGGACUUUUGGAGGCAUGGUCACGCAUCUCAGCGAGUCUAGCGAGCCAUUGUGGAAGACGCUGCGGCACAUUAUGGAGAAAUGUUUGCUUGCCGUUCGCAACUCUAUAGAACGAACAACGGUGUCGACGUUCCCGAUGUCGAUCAAUCUCUUCGCCCUCCAGGAAGGCGCGACAGACAACAAUGACAUGGACGAUAAAUCGCUCACACUCACUCUCGACUCGGUCGAUACUUUCCCGAACUUCCUCAGCACAACCCUCCACGUUGUCACACAUACCGUCUGUCCAGCGGUCAAGACCCAAUGGUUCCUCGGUGAUCGCAUCCGCCAAUUGUCCUCGAGUGUGGCCUUUGCGUUUGAGUAUUGCCUUUCUCCUCUCUGCCUCGCCGUAGAAGAGAAGAGAGCGGCCGCCCUCGUAAAACUCGCGGGACUGGCAACCCUCCUAGAGACCGUCCUCCCUGCCGAAAGUCGCGCCCCCGACCUGAGGCUGAGGAUAUUGAGGUAUCGACUAGAGGAGCCGGCGCUGAGCGGAUGGGAAGACGCGGAUCGCGAGCUGACUAAGAUGUCUGUCAAGCUGCCUUCGCGGCCAGAUCUGGCUGAGGUAUUGAGGUUGGAGGCGUGGGAGCAGAUGCCGUCCAGUCUACAGAUGACGCCGGAUCUACUGCAGCUUACUCGACAACGGUUUGAUGCUCUGCAGCUUAGCCAGGAUCAUACCUCGCUCCUGUAUGCAUUGGAUGACAGGCUUCAUGUCUUGAGCUCGGAUACGGACGAGUCUGCAGACGGCGACUGGAGGAGCAAGGUCGCAGACACUGUGAAGGGAAUAAUCAAGCCUCUCGGACUGUAUUGGAUGGAUGACGGGGACACUCUUCCCGAAGGAGAGUACGCGCAAAGAGCAUUGGAGGAAGUGAGACGUCGUUUCGAAAGACGACUCGAAUUUCAGGACACUUCAUCUCGUGUCAUGGUCGCGGACAAGCUGUCUAGCCUUGUGUGCACUGUGUCCAAAUGCGCAGGUUCAAGUCAUUCCAAGCGACUCAAGCUGUCCGCUCUCCCGGCUGGACUGACGGCCGUUGCGCGAUUGUUAGAUGGCUCAACAGAAGAAGUGACCAGUGCAGUCCGGCGGCGUUCGUAUGCUCUUCUCUCCAAAACUAUCAGGCAUCACGCUUCCACGGACAGAGACGGUUUGAAUCACGCGGCGACGACGAUCCUUCGAGGGCUGGAUGACCCAGACAGGAGCGUGCGACUGAGCGUAGGAUCAGCUCUGGCUGCGUUGAUCGAGUUAUGUGCUCAAGAGGCCGACUCGGCUGAUUGGUACUUGGUAUUCUCUCGAGCAUGUGAAGUGCUAGAAUCCGCCACAAUUGCAGUCAAGGAGACACUGAUCAUCACAUUCGGGGUCAUAGCCAGGAUCCAGAGCAGCCAAGUCUUGAGCCAUGCAUUGUGCAUCUUGUUCAAUGAAGUGGGCAGCUCUCACUUGGUUUUGCGUGGCACGGCCUGCAUGCAAAUCCUCAACGUCGCACAACAUUACAACAAGACGGUCAUGGCACUCACACUUCCUCACUUCGAUCGCCUUGCACCAUUGCUGGUCUCGCGAAUCGGUACUCAGCCUCAGCUACUAUACGAGGCGUCCCGGCUCAUGCAGCACAACCCGGAAGCGUUUCUCUCGUUGACGCUGCCCAAAACGCUGCCCACGUUGUUCGGCCAGUGCGAAGUGAAGGUCAUCCAGCUGAUCGCCAAGAGCGUGCGGUCGAAACCUUCGUCGCUGUUUCUAAACCACGCAGCGGAGAUCUUAGCCCACAUAUUCAUGCUCCGGGGAGUGGACCAGACGCAUAAAGCUAUCGACUCUCUGCUGAACAUUCUGAUGGAAUCGACAAAUUUGGGAGAGAUCGACGCGCAGAGUGUGGUCAAGAGCUCGAUCGUGCAGUUGAUUGCGGAGCUGGUGACAAAUAUGGGCGACGAGAAUGCGGAUACAGCUCAGUAUGCCAUCACCGCAUUGAAGAAGGUUGAGAAUAUUAUGGCACCCGAGAAUCCCUCUCCGGACUUGUCGAACUUCCUCAAAGCCUAUAUGCUUGGUGUUAUCACUUAUGUCAGCGAACUUCUGCGCGACGGCCGGGGGAAGCUUUCUCUUAUCAUGGCCACCUUCCAGUCCACUCUUGGUGUGCCCGAGCUCUCGGACGUCACUCUCGACAGCUGGUACACUUUCUUCCGCACUCCAGAACCCCACGACGUGGGGCCGCAUGUCGGGCCUACCAGUGCUGCAUUCGUUUCCGCCUGGUCCUCACUGUCGGCAACCGGACGGGAUCUGGCGACCCGCACGCUGGAAUACAUCGUGAUGAACAUCGGUUCUCAGCUAGGAGCAUACCUCGAUGAGGUUGCGGACCUAACGCCCCCUGAGCUGGACAAUGUCCGAGUCAAGCUCAAGGAGAUGCGCUCAGAAUGGUCGGCGCGAGAGGAGCUGCAGAAAAUCUUGGAUCGGGUCUGGAGCGACAAUCUCACCAUGGUCGCUCAGUCAUUGAAAGAGCUGAAGACGUUUAUGCUCUCGGAACACAAAGACUUUGUAGCGAGCCUUGCGUCGGGUGAUGUCUUUGAUCCCCUUGUCGGCAAGAUCUUGUCUGCCCUGUUUGCUGCUGCUUGUCGUGAGGGAGAUGGGACUGAGGGUCUGAGGCUGCUGGCGUUCGAAUGCAUUGGGGGGAUAGGUGCAGUGGAUCCUGAUCGAUUUGAACUUGGACCCGGCGGCCCGGCGAUGAUUGUUCUGUCGAAUUUCACGAACGAGGAGGAUUCGAUCGCGUUUGCGCUACAUCUGGUCAAGGACCUGCUCGUAGGCGCCUUCCGCUCCACCAGCGAUAUCCGGUACCAGAGCCAACUUGCCUAUUGUAUCCAGGAGCUGUGCAAGUUCUGUCGCUUCACGCCUGCCCUGGUGUCGACCGGGAGCAGCUCAGGAUCUACCUCCGUCCCCAUCAAAGUGCGCAACCGAUGGAACGCGCUGCCGAAACACGUUGUCGAGACCGCCGCACCGCUUCUCGAGGGUCGCUUCGCUGUUCCUGCGAUAGCACCCAUGCAAAGCAUGGCACAUCCGAUUUACCCAGAGCAUUCGACGUAUCGGGAGUGGAUCCAGUGGUGGAGUCUACAUUUGAUCACCAUCGCUUCGGGUGCGACUGCCCAGCGCAUCUUUGGCGUCUUCCGGCAGGCUGUGAGAAACAAGGAUGUCGUCGUCGCGCAUCACUUGUUGCCGCAUCUGGUCUUGAAUAUCCUGAUUUCCGGGAAGGAGGACGACACGCAGAAUAUUCGCAAGGAGAUCCUGGCUGUGCUAGAGGAUCAGAUUGACCCGGCCAGCACGUCCAGUGACGACAAGAAGUUACUCAGUGCGCAGGUCGUGUUCACGCUUCUCGAUCAUCUCAACAAGUGGGUGCGGCUGGUACGCCAAGAGCUCGGCGCGAAAAAGUCCGAGAGGCGUGCCCGGGCAAGUGCGAACAGCAACGCGCAGAUGUCCGAACAGCUCAUGCGCGUCGACUCCAUCCUAUCGAGCAUCGACGAGAACCUGAUGGCCCGCGCUGCGCUCAAAUGCAAGUCGUACGCUCGUUCGCUGAUGAACUUUGAGCGCCAGAUCAUGACUCUGCGCCAGCGAGCGCCUGCAAGCAAAGAUCUGCCGGGGUACUACGAGCGACUGCAUGAGAUAUACUCCUUCAUCGACGAGCCGGACGGGAUGGAGGGUGUUUCGACGCUGAUUCUCUCGCCCUCGCUCGAGCACCAGAUCCGGGAGCACGAGAGCACCGGCCGGUGGACAUCGGCGCAGAGCUGCUGGGAAGUUCGGCUGCAGCAAGCACCGGACAGCUUGGAGUACCAUCUGGGGCUACUGAGGUGCUUGAGGAAUCUGGGACACUAUGACACGCUGCGGACCCAUGUCCGAGGAGUGCUAACCCGCAAUCCUGAGUGGCAACCGGUGCUGGCGGGCUUCCAGGUCGAGAGCGCUUGGAUCGUCGGCGCCUGGACUGAUGUGCAGGACAUCCUGGAGCAAACGACUGUCUCUACUUCUCCUUCAGUUGCGAUGAGCCGCGUCUUGCUUGCGAUGCGGUCGAGGGACUCCGCGGCGAUCUCAACUUCGCUCGCUGCUGCUCGAACGAUUCUUGGCGCGCCUAUCACCGCGUCCUCUGGCGCCAGAGGCUACCGCCGGUCUUACGAAGCCGUGUUGGAUCUGCACGUCGCUAACGAGCUGGAGAUGAUCUACAACGACCUGACGACACCUGGCUCGUCGCAGAGCUCGCGGAAGACGCUCAAGAAACUGAACGUGGUGCUUUCGUCUCGGCUCGAGUCGACGUUGCCGACGUUUAGGACGCGGGAGCCUGUGUUGAGCAUGAGGAGGACGGCCUUUGGACUAAUAACGACACAUCGGCAGCAUUCCAUCCGCGAGAUCGGCCGCUCUUGGCUGGCCUCGGCCAAAAUCGCGCGUAACGCUGGACAGUGGCAGACGGCGUACAGCGCGGUACUACAAUCACAGCAAUCGAAAGCAGAGUUCUCCUUCAUGGAGAGUGCCAAGUUGGUGAAAGCCACGGGCGAGCCGCUGCGGGCGCUGCAGGAGAUUGAGAAUGCCAUGAAGCUACUCGGUAUUCCGAUGAGCGGCAGUGUGCAAGGGAAUGUGGUGCUGGAUCUGACUGAAGAUGAUCCAGAGACGUCGAGGAUGAAAGCCAAGGCGCAGAUCCUCAGAGCCAAGUGGAUGAACGAGUCGGACCGGUAUGACAGCCAGUCGAUAUUCAACGCGUUUUUGGCGGCGACUGAGCUGCAACCAGACUGGGAGAGCUCGCACUUCCAUUUAGGCCAGUUUCACGACGAGUGCUUCAAGGACUUGCCCCCGGCUGACAAAAUCUCGCGUGGAAUUCGAAUGAAUGCGUCUACUAUCAAGUCGUUCACGCGAGCGAUCAAGUACGGGUCUAAAUAUGUGUACCAGACGGUCCCGCGGCUGAUCACAAUCUGGCUUGAUCUGGGCGAGGACCGGAAGACGAACACGCAGGAAACGUACAAGCGGCUGAACGACACAAUCAUCCUCAAGGCCAUCCGCGACACACCGGCGUACAAGUGGUACACGGCGUUCCCGCAGAUCGUGUCGCGCGUGGGACAUGACAAUCCGGAGGUGUACAAGGUCCUGUCCUCGCUCAUCAUACGUGUGCUGCAGGAGUAUCCGAAGCAGGCGCUGUGGUUGUUCACGUCUGUGGUCAAGUCGACGAAGUCGACGAGAGCCGCCCGAGGGAAGGAGAUCUUGGAGAAGCUCGUGCACUUCAUCCAGCAAGCGGGCCAUCGAUCGCAGACCUCACAGCUGGUCAAGCAGUGCACGAGCAUGACCAAUCAGCUGCUCAAGCUGUGCGAUCACCCCGUUUCAGAUGAGGCUCGGGGCCUGAGCAUGCAGCAGAAGUUCCCGGAGCUGUUCCAACUCGGCACCUCGCAGCUGAUCAUUCCGCUGCAAGAGUCGCUGACGGCGAGCCUGCCGCCGAGUUCGGCUGUGGACGAGAGCACGCACCAGCCGUUUGACUUGGAUGUCCCAACGUUCCAGGGGUUCUCCGACGAGAUCGAGAUCAUGCGUUCGCUGGCCAAACCACGGAAGAUCACGAUACACGGGAGCAACGGUCAAAUCUACAUGUUCCUCGGAAAGCCAAAGGACGAUUUGCGGAAGGAUGCGCGGCUGAUGGACUUCAACUCGAUUAUCAAUAAGCUGCUCAAGGCGAAUUCCGAGUCGCGUCGUCGGCAGUUGCACAUCCGGACAUACGGCGUGGUGACACUGAACGAGGAGUGCGGGUUCAUCCAGUGGGUGCCAAACACUAUUCCGCUGCGGCCGGUGCUGCUGAAGGGUUACGACGGGCGGGGGAUCAAGAGCUGGUCGACGGAGCUGAGCGAGACGUUUGCGAAGAUCAAGACGGCCAAGGACAAGCAGGCGGCGGAACUGUUCAGGGACAAUGUGCUGGCUGGGUUCCCACCGGUGUUCCACGAGUGGUUUAUAGAGACGUUUCCGGAGCCCAGCGCGUGGCUGGCGAGUCGCAUGGCGUAUGGGAGGACCGCGGCUGUGAUGUCCAUGGUGGGGUACAUCCUCGGCCUCGGCGACCGGCACUGCGAAAACAUCCUCCUGGACGUCAACACGGGGGAUGUCGUGCAUGUCGACUUCAACUGCCUGUUCGAAAAGGGCAAGUCGCUCGAGACACCGGAGCGGGUGCCGUUCCGGCUGACGCAGAACAUGGUCGACGGGCUCGGGGUGACGGGCGUCGAAGGGGUGUUCCGGCUGGCGUGCGAGGUGACGAUGCAGCUCCUGCACGACAACAAGGACUCGCUGAUGAGCGUGCUCGACGCGUUCAUCCACGACCCGCUCGUCGAGUGGGAGGACGAGAAGAGGCGGCAGUCGAGAAACGGCGUCAAGGCGAGCGCGAAUCUCAAGAGCCUCGCGAAGAAUGCGCUGGACCCGAUCGAGCGGAAGCUCAAGGGCCUCCAGGACAACAACAAGGUCGUGUCGACCAGUAAUGUCGUGCAGAAGCUCAUCCAGGAAGCCACCGACGCAGCCAAUCUCGCCAAGAUGUAUCCUGGCUGGGCGUCUUGGCAUUAGAUACCUCACUAUGUCAGCCUGAGACUUGAUGCUUCUGGACCGAUUUGCGCUGUAUUUUAGACUAACAUUUAGCCAUUUUUGGGCCUUGAUCUAUACUAUUCUCCGCUCAGUCAAUAGCGAAGCCGUCUGAGUUCCCGUCACAAGGGCACGGGUCGUAACGCUUGUUCAUCUAAUGAUGUUCCUUGGCUGAUGCUGACUUAUCCCUAACCAGGCACGUGUGGUGGGUAUCACUUGGAGUAUCACUGGUUGCUUGACCACGCGGAUGCUUGGGUUACAUCGGAGGAGCUGUAAUGCGGAGGUUGGUCCCAAAUACCGCAGCCCUCAUAUUAGGUGGGAAAAACUGCAGAUUGUGAUUGAUGUAGAUCCUAUUCAAGUAGCGCACAAAUAUAUUGUCCCUCGCGCAAUUCUGA